GGGCACACUAGGCGCUAUAUUAUCAACUUUCCACAACAGUUCUAUUCAGUAAAACUAUUUGUCUGGAACCAAAACAGUUCUUUCGAGAUGGCUGGAGAUCCGGAUUUUGACACAAAGAAUGGAAUUGUAGACGGGCCAACGCCGCCGCACUCCGAACUGGCGGCCCUAUAUAAGCAGAGCUUUGCCUACUACACGUUCCGUGUGCGCCUGCCCUCGACCUUGGCCACCAUCGCGAAUUCCCUGAAUAAGGACAAGGACGGCCUACUGGCCACAUAUGGUGCAGAAGCAUUAGCCGAUAUUGAACAAACUACAAAGGAUGUCAAACAGCUGCGGGAGGACAUUCUUAACAAUGGUUCUUUGUUGCCCUUUGAGGGGCAGGAUCCCGACACUCAACUGUGGAACGCAUUCCUGGAAAAACUGCCCAAGGAGAAAAGGACUUUCUUCUCCGCCUGCUGGCUCUACGCCGAAUGCUACAUGUACCGCAGAAUCUCAGCCAUUUUCCGGGCCACCCCCCACUUGUCCGCCCACGACUACUUUAGCCAACAAAAGCAGACAGCUGCCCAGCUAAGCGUGGACGCCAUGCUGGCAGUGGCCAAGGCGACGCGGCAGAAUGAUCGGAACUCGGACACCUUCCGGCAGCUGAUCAAACUGAAUCUGUGGGGCAACCGCUGCGACCUGUCCAUCACCUCCGGCAAGCAGGUGAAGCCCACUGGCAAUGCCUUCGACCAGGUCACGGAUUUGGAGGACAAGCUGCUAAUCGACGGCACCGCGGAUGUGUGGAAAGCCCUCGAUGGAGCCUCUGGCGACGGCGUUGUGGAGAUUAUUUUUGACAACGCCGGCUAUGAACUGUACACCGAUCUGAUCUUGGCUGAGUAUAUCAUCGACAAGGGACUGGCGGCCAAGGUGCGCUUUAAUCCCAAGGCCAUUCCCUGGUUCAUUUCGGACGUGAUGGAGCACGACUAUCACUGGACGCUGAAAUUCCUGGCCGAGCAUCCGGACCCGACGCUGAGUGAGUUGGGCAAGAAGUGGCAGCGCCUAACCACGGAGGGUAAGUUCGAGCUUUCACCGCUGGAACACUUCUGGACUAGUCCCUACGAGUUCUAUCGCAUGCCCGAGGUGAAUCCGGAACUGUACAACCGCCUGAAGGCGGCGCAGCUGGUGAUCUUCAAAGGUGACCUUAACUACCGCAAAUUGUUAGGAGAUUUCUCCUGGGACAGUACAGAGUCCUUCGAAACCUGCCUGAGGGGUUUUCGUCCCUCGAACCUUUGCACUCUGCGCACGGUUAAAGCGGAUCUGAUUUGCGGACUAGCCGAUGGUGUGGCGGAGCAACUGUUUGCCAAGGACAAAGAGUGGAUGCUGACCGGCGAAUAUGGCGUCAUACAGUUUGCCAGCAAGUAAAACAAGAAAUCAAACCAAGGACACGGAAAUAGUUGAAUUGUUAUAGCCUAGCUUAAUUGUUAUAAAGUAGAGUGGGCUGAUUCUAGAGGCGAAAUGUAACUAUAGACCGUUUUCUAGUAAAAACUGCUAGUUAAAUUGUUUUAGCAAGUAAAAUAUUUGGUAAAACCCAAAUUGUUGAAAUUCAAAGUACCUUUUUCGUAGUUUGUAAAACUUGCGUUUUAAAACUAGUCAAUUAUUUGUAUAGUACUCCGUUUAAAAAAAAAAUGUUGUAUAGGUUUAUUUAUUAAGAAAUUUUAACUUAUUUUGAAAGAAUUAUUGUAAAUAAGAAAGGUUAUUUACAUCUUUAGAGCUUUUCGCCUCUAGCAUUGGAUCCAUUCUCUAUAAAGCCUUUUGCAUUGUUAUAAAAGCACACGUUCUCACAUCUAUGAACAACAUCAGUUGCCCAGGGGCAACAAAAAAUUAAAAACAAAUCUCAAUUUGGAA